AUUUUUCGUAUUCAGUCUACGUCAGGGUCCAGACCGAAUUGGAAAAAGGAUCUGCGACCAGUUAACUGGUAUUGUUUGCCUUUUCCAAGAUUCAACAGCUUUGUUUUCCAAAAUGACAGACACUUCUUUUAUCAUAUUCUCUGGCGGUUCCGCCUGCAAUUUUAUUGUCAACGCAUUUCAGUCCAUUACUCCAAGCGUCUGUUAUGUGUUGGGAGUGUCAGACAAUGGAGGCUCAACUAGCGAGCUGUUGAGAGUUCUUGGUGGCCCAAGUAUUGGUGAUCUUCGUUCUCGACUCACCCGUUUGAUUAAUGUUGAUGGUCAUAAUUCAGAGGAGAGAACUGCUAUUAAGGAUCUACUCAGUUACAGAUUGCCUUCAGUUGGAGAUGAACAUGCAAUUCGAGAUGAGUGGACAAGAAUAGUCGAAGGACGCCACGAGCUCUGGAGACAGAUCUCCAUUGAAAAAAAAGAAACUAUUAGGGGCUUUUUAGUUUUGUUCAACUUUGAAAUUCUUAAGAGAUCUCAUAAGCAUUUCAAUUUUUGCAAUGGAUCUAUCGGCAACUUCUUUUUGACUGGAGCGCGGCUAUUCUUUGGUUCUCUUGAAGCAGCAAUUUUUCUCUUUUCUUCAAUCACCGCCAUACGCGAACCAACCUAUGUACUUCCUGUUAUAAACACCAAUCACACAGCUUCGAUAGCUGCAUCCUUAGAAGAUGGCCAGAUACUCCGAGGGCAAUGCGAAAUCAGUCAUCCUGGCCUCAAUCAGACCUGUAUAAAGAGUACGAAUCCUAUAGAUGCGUUUUCAAAGCUAGCAUUACCAAAUUCUCCUUUACAAGGUAGCUAUGAAGACGGUCCAAAUGGUAAUCUUAUAUUCAGUAAAUCAACCGAUGAGAAACUCUCAGCACCGAUUUCUCGUAUUUAUUACAUGAAUGAGUAUGGUCAAGAGAUUUAUCCCAUUCCAAACCCAAAGGUGCUUGAUCAUUUGUCAAAGCGAAGUGAUUUAGUGUACUCCAUCGGCUCACUUUAUACAUCAAUAUUACCAUGUCUGAUUCUACGCAAAGUUGGACAUACCAUUGCUCAUUCUUCAACACUUCGUCGCAAAAUCCUCAUCCUAAAUGGUACCCCCGAUCGUGAAACAGAAGGUUACACCGCCCUGGAUUUCAUAGGAACCAUCACCAAUGCAUUGAAUGAGAGUCUAUUAAUAGAUGCUCGUCGUAGAUACUAUGAUACUCAUGCUGAGGAAGAUCCAAUGGCGGGUUCUAUGCGACAACAUGGGCAAUCCCAUCCAGAUUUCUUUCGUAGACCUGUAGAUCACGGCUUUCGACAUUGGCCACCACAGAUUCAUACAAAUUUUUCAAAAACUUCACUCUGUGGACACAAUGAAGGAUAUCCAAAAAGUGGCAAUCUGCAUCUACCACCCUUAGCAUCCCCUUUCCCAGCUGAAUUAGUGCCUAACAAUCCUCCUUCUACAUAUAUUACACACCUUAUCUAUCUUUCUAACUCCAGAAUAGAAGUUGACAUUGAUGCUAUUAAGGAUUUGGGGAUAAAAUGUGUGGUUGCUGAACCUGAUCCAAAUAGUGAAGAGCCUCGAUAUAACUCAGCUUUAUUAGAAUCUGUCUUGAGAAGUAUUAUUGCGGAUGAAUCAUGUUAACAUAUGCUAUAGAAUAAAGAUUCCAUUCAAAUUUUUUAUUAUUCUGUUAUCUUUGCUUGUAAGAAAUUUAUAGUUCCCUUGAUUAAGU